CACUGUGAAGUACUUGUAGCUCAUUUGGUUUUGCAUACAAAAAUAAACAUUUUUGAAGUGCUGCUGUGGUUAUCUAUGAAAAUGGCUGUGAUUUGUGAUUUUGCGCAUCAUUAAAAACACGCCAUGGCCAUCAUAUCAAAUAUCAACUGGAUCUUUGUCUGCGGACUGUCAUUCUGCUUGGGAGGCAUAGUGGUGCUCAGUUUUAUGCCGCUUACUUCAGAUUGCGUAUGCCCGCUAAAGAACCCUUUAAGCAGACUGGAAACGCCAAAGAGCACCACACCCCGAAUCUUGACACCACAGUCGCACCAUAAGAUGGCAGUUUUGGUGCCUUUUCGGGAUCGCUUUGAGGAAUUGCUACAAUUUGUGCCACAUUUAACCAAAUUUUUAAAUAAUCAAGGCAUACAGCAUCAUAUAUUUGUGCUGAACCAGGUGGAUAGAUACCGGUUUAAUCGUGCUUCGCUAAUUAAUGUGGGAUUUAGAUUUACAAGCGAGGUCUACGAUUAUAUAGCCAUGCACGACGUGGAUCUUUUGCCACUCAACGAAAACUUGCUGUAUGAAUACCCCAGCAGCUUGGGACCCUUGCAUAUUGCCGGCCCCAAGUUCCAUCCCAAAUAUCACUAUGAUAAUUUUGUUGGCGGCAUUUUGUUAGUGCGCUGUGAGCAUUUCAAACAAAUGAACGGUAUGUCAAAUCAAUAUUGGGGCUGGGGACUGGAGGACGAUGAGUUCUUUGUACGCAUACGAGACGCUGGACUGCAAGUUUCACGGCCUCAAAACAUAAGAACAGGCAUAAAUGAUACCUUUAGACAUAUCCACAAUCGCCAUCAUCGCAAACGCGACACACAGAAAUGCUUUAAUCAGAAGGAGAUGACACGGAAACGUGACCACAACACGGGUUUAGAUAAUGUUAACUAUAAAAUACUCAAAGUACACGAGAUGGUCAUCGAUGGAACCAGCGUUACGGUGCUAAACAUACUACUUGAUUGUGAUGUUAAUAAAACGCCUUGGUGCGAUUGCACUGGAAAUGCAGCCGCAGCGUCUGCUGUGCAAACAUAGGGAUUAGCAACAUAAAACAUUGUUUUAUUGCA